AUGUACAUCAUAUUUGAACCAGCUAACCGAUCCCACAAGCUUGGUGGUCGAGUGAUAUGGGAAGCAGCGGACAGCAAGCAAGGGUAUUUAACACGGAGCGGUUUGUACAAAGCCCUGGCUCUCGUAGCCUUGGCACAGCAAGGCAAGCCGGUCAGCGAGAAAUACUGGAGAACUAUGGCAAGGAGGAGCUACCCAAAUCACCUGGGUGACCUGGGUGAUCUGAGGACCCUGAGUGCCCAGGUGCGCCGGGAGAAGAACCCCAACGUCCUGAGCUACACCUACAAGGACCUGGUGGCCCUGGACUCCAUCACCAUCGACCUGGUGCCGGAGAAGAAAGGCUUGUUGCUUAAACACGUCGAGUAUGAAAUCAAAAGUGAGGAGAUCAGUGACUCGCGCAAGACAGCGGUGAUCAACAAUGAGCUACUGAGACUGCAGGUCGACAUUGCUGCAGUUCAAGAAACUCGCCUAUUGGGCUCAGGCACCCUGCGCGAGAGGGAUUUUACUUUCUUCUGGCAGGGAAAGGGGCCAGAGGAGAUCAGAGAGCAUGGUGUCGGCUUCGCUGUCCGAAGCACACUUAUAGGGAUGACCGAACCAUGCGAGAGAGGAACAGAGAGAAUUCUCACACUACGCUUACAUACAACUGAUGGACCAGUCAACCUCGUUAGUGCCUACGCUCCUACCCUCUACUCCUCGCAAGAAGCCAAGGAUGAGUUUUACGACCAGUUGCAGACUGUUAUACAGGGGAUCCCCAGUCGGGAACUACUGCUGCUGCUCGGCGACGUCAAUGCCAGAGUGGGUGCUGAUCGUGACUCCUGGCCCACCUGCUUGGGAAGGCGAGACCAUCUGAGGAACGUGCUCACCACCCGUUCCUAUCAGAGCGCCGAUUGCGACACUGAUCAUUCCCUUGUGUGCUGCAAGAUCAGGCUCCAGCCAAAGAAGAUGCACCAAGCCAAACCUCUUGGCAAACCACGCAUAGACGUCAUCAAGACCUCACAUCCAAAGAGGGUGGAAUCCUUCACCAAGAGUCCGGAAGAAGCUCUCUUCACAGACCCCCCAGAGGGAGACGCUCAACAGAGAUGGAGCCAGUUGAGGCAAAUCAUCUAUAACAGCGCUUUACAAGCCUUCGGGAAGAAGCAAAAGAAGACUCAAGACUGGUUUGAAGCCAAUUCCAGUGAGCUCAACCCCGUCAUUGAAGAAAAACAUGCUGCACUACUAGAACACAAACGCAACCCCAGCCAAGCAACACAGCAAGCUCUGAAGUCAGCUCGAAGCAAAGUUCAGAAAAGAGCCAGAAGAUGUGCCAAUGACUAUUGGUUGCAGCUCUGUAAAGAUAUUCAGACAUCAGCUGACACCGGCAACAUCCGAGGGGUCUAUGAUGGGAUAAAGAGAGCCAUGGGACCCACACAAACCAAGGUGGCGCCUCUUAAAUCCUCAACAGGUGAAGUCAUCAAGGAUAAAGCCAAGCAAAUGGACAGAUGGGUUGAGCAUUACUCGGAGCUGUACUCCAGAGAAAACAUCGUCUCCGAUGAUGCCUUUGAUGCCAUUGACAGCUUGCCUUGCAUGAUGGAGCUGGACGUGCCGCCCACGGUGAUGGAGUUGAGAAAAGCAAUAGACAACCUGCCCACUGGAAAGGCUCCUGGACUUGAUGGCAUUCCACCUGAGGCCAUCAAGUGUGCGAAAGGAGUCUUGCUGAGCCACCUGUUUGAAUUACUCUGCCAGUGCUGGACGGAGGGACAAGUACCUCAGGAUAUGAGAGAUAGCAACAUCGUCACCCUCUACAAGAAUAAAGGGGACAGGAGUGAUUGUAAUAAUUACAGGGGCAUCUCUCUACUGAAUAUCGUCGGCAAGGUCUAUGCACGUGUCAUCCUGAACAGAUUGCAAAAACUGGCCGACAGAGUCUAUCCCGAGUCUCAGUGUGGCUUCAGGUCAAGGCGCUCAACGAUAGACAUGGUCUUCUCCCUACGCCAGCUACAGGAGAGGUGCAGAGAGCAGAGACAGCCACUGUACAUUGCCUUCAUUGACCUCACAAAGGCCUUCGACCUUGUGAGUCGCGAUGGCCUGUUCCGGAUCCUAGCCAAGAUCGGAUGCCCACCCAAGCUACUCAGUGUGAUACAGGCGUUCCACACUGACAUGAAAGGUGUCGUGCAGUUCGACGGCGCUUCCUCAAAGGCUUUCAGCAUAUGCAAUGGCGUUAAGCAGGGGUGUGUGCUUGCUCCAACCCUGUUUGGCAUCUUCUUUGCUGUCAUGCUGAAGCAUGCCUUUGGCUCAUCUACAGAGGGCGUGUACCUCCACACUCGAUCGGAUGGGAGGCUGUUCAACCUCUCCCGGCUCAAAGCGAAGACCAAAGUUCGUAAAGCGGUUAUCAGGGAUAUGCUCUUUGCAGACGAUGCAGCUUUAGCCACCCAUACAGAGCAGCAGCUACAAAGUCUCAUGGACAGUUUCUCAUGCGCCUGCCUGGACUUCGGCAUGAACAUCAGCAUAAAAAAGACUGAAGUGUUGGGCCAGGGCGUUGAACAGCCACCGGUCAUCUCAGCCAAUAACAGCAAGCUGGAGGUUGUGCACGAAUUCACCUAUCUAGGCUCAACAGUGUCAGACGACCUCUCCCUGGACAUUGAGAUAAAUAGGCGCAUUGGACGAGCGGCCUCUACCUUUGCCAGGCUUACCGAAAGGGUCUGGGAAAACGGCAAGUUGACCAUCCACACCAAGACAGCCGUCUACAGAACCUGCGUUCUCAGUACCCUCCUUUAUGGCAGUGAGUCCUGGGCCCUAUACUCAAGACAGGAAAAGAGGCUCAACACAUUCCAUCUGCGAAAUCUGCGGCGCAUUCUUGGCAUCAAGUGGUCCGACCAUGUGACGAACACUGAGGUCCUUGCCCAGGCUGGCAUUCAGAGCCUGGUCACCCUUCUCCAACAACGCAGACUCCGCUGGCUUGGACAUGUCUACCGCAUGCCAGAAGGGAGGAUCCCAAAGGUCCUGCUGUAUGGUGAACUGGCUAGUGGCAAAAUAUCUAUUUCGUAA